GUUUGAAACAACGAAUUUAUCAUCGAUGCGGUAAUACGAUGCACAGAUGCGCGAGUGUACAUUUUUAAAAACCAAGUACAUACUAGACCUCGUUUUAAUAGAUAAGAUGAGAAGCGAUAGAAUGGAUGCUUUGUGUUAUAUUCGAAAAGGCGAACCAGUGUCCGAGUUAUCGUCGUGAGAAUAAGCUGAACGACGGAGAAUCGGUGAAAAUGGACACAUCGGGCCCGUCGAAGAGAAAAAAUUUCGAAAAUGAGAUCCGAGAUCACCCACAUAAUCAGAAAGAUGAUAUCGAAGAGCAAGAAGAGAAGCUGAAAUAUCCCAAAUCGGUAUUCUUCAUCGUCAGCAAUGAAUUCUGCGAGAGAUUUUCUUUCUAUGGAAUGCGCACCGUCCUAUCGCUGUACCUGUUCAACAUGCUGAAAUAUAGUGAAGAUACAUCAACAAUAAUCUAUCAUGUCUUCACUUGUUUCGUCUACUUCUUCCCACUAGUUGGUGCGAUCAUAUCAGAUUCAUGGCUUGGAAAGUUCAGAACUAUUUUUUACUUGAGCAUUAUUUACGCAAUUGGACAAAUAAUUUUAUCCUUAAGUGCAGCACCUUUUGGAUUGCCUGCAAGAGAAUUUUCCAUGAUAGGUUUAUUCCUAAUAGCAUUUGGAACAGGCGGGAUAAAACCUUGCGUGGCGGCUUUCGGAGGCGAUCAAUUUGUAAUACCUCAGCAGGAAAAACAAUUGGCAAUGUUCUUCUCUCUUUUCUAUUUUUCCAUUAACACAGGCUCUCUAAUCUCCACUUUGCUAACUCCGGUGAUCCGUGAAACAAAAUGCUUUAACGACGAUUGCUACUUUGUGGCAUUUUUAGUGCCAGCCGUUUUGAUGAUUACAUCAAUCGUGAUAUUUGUUUUGGGAAAAAGAUUAUAUAAAAUGAUCAAUCCCACGGGCAAUCUCAUCAUCAAGGUUUCCAAAUGCGUUUGUCAUGCAAUCGGCAAUAAAAUCAAUGGUAAAGGAAGAAAACGUGAUCAUUGGCUCGACUAUGCUGAUGAUGAUUACGAUAGCAAGUUGAUCGAAGAUAUUAAAGUCUCACUAGAAGUUUUGAAAAUGUUCGUACCACUACCAAUAUUUUGGGCACUUUAUGAUCAGCAAGGAUCUCAAUGGACAUUUCAAGCAACACGGAUGGAUGGUCAGAUAGGCAGUUUUACACUGUUACCCGAUCAGUUGCAAGCUGUCAAUCCGCUGUUAAUCAUCAUCUUUAUACCAAUCUUUGAGACUUGUAUCUAUCCAUUUUUCGCCAAGAUACACAUCAUCGAUACACCUUUGAAGAAGCUUGUUGUCGGCGGAUUCUUAGCCAGUGUUGCUUUCAUCGCGGCCGGUAUUGUGGAAAUAGAAAUCAUGAAAUUAUUGCCACCAUUACCGACAAAUGGAUCCGCUCAAAUCCGAAUUUUCAAUACAAUGAAUUGUAGCGUGGGUCUAGAUAUAAAAAACCAAAAUAUUACAAAAAUAAACGCAUUAAGUAUGGAAUUUUUAGAAGUGAAAGCAAAUAAAUCUGUUACAAUAUCCUGCAUAGCAAAUCUUCAAGAGUGCAAUAAUAUGGGCUAUACCGAUUUGAUAACAGAUAUCAAAGAAAUUACGGCAGAGGAGGCCACCGCAACGUCUUGGGUUAUAACGCCUCGGGGAUUACAAUUAAGCUAUAAAGAUUCAGUGGACACACCAGACAAGGGUAAACCAAUGAUCCGCAGUCUCAUCUAUCUAGCACCCGAAUUCAAUAAUGUCAAUUUGACAGUACGUUAUAAAAAUACUCCAAUAGUAUCAAUUCCGAUUACUAGUUUAAGAUCGGAACCACAGAAAAUCGAAAGUCCAGGUGAAUACGAUGUCUAUCUGAACGAAAAUCUGCUGGACAAUAAUGUGCCUUUCAAACUUGGUGGGUUAUACACCGUAGUAGGUGCUCACGUACCCAAUAUAAAGACUGCCGGCAAAACGAUCAUGGUCAGGCCACCCAAUAAAUUGCACAUGGCUUGGAUGUUGCCACAAUAUAUUAUCAUUACAAUGGCCGAGGUAAUGUUUUCGGUGACGGGCUUACACUUUGCUUUCUCUCAGGCUCCGGUGAGCAUGAAAUCCCUGUUGCAAGCAGGUUGGUUGCUGAGCGUGGCUUUCGGCAAUCUAAUCGUGGUGAUCAUAAAGGGUUCGCGUCCCUUCAAGGAACAGGUUUACGAAAUUUUUUUGUAUGCGGGUUUAAUGGCGAUAGUUAUAACUAUAUUUGCUAUAAUGACUAUCUUCUACAAAUAUGUGGAAAUACCAGAGGAGGAAGAUCCUGAUGGAGCCAUACCUUUGGACAGGAAAAAUGGAAAUGUCAAUCCAGCCUAUAAAGAGGAUGAAAAAUGACAAUGAGAGAUGAUCGAGUGAGAAAUAAUAAUUUUCACGUGUUUUUUUAUUCGAACAAUAAGAACACGUGGCUUGUUAAAAUGUAAGAGAUAUUACUGCUUGUACAUCGAGGAUGUGUUCAUUUUUAUUGAACAUUUAUUAGCCUCGAACGGCAAGGUAAUAGGAACUUUAUUCCCUCAUAUAAAAACUUACUUUUUUCUCUUUGUUUUUCAACCAAAGAGUUUAUGGCAGACUGAAAAAAUACAUUCCGCCGAAUAGCAUUUAUAAUGCAUUUCUACUGUACAAAAGUGAAUAGAAAUCUGUAGAGUAAGAAAUGAAAUAUCCUAUAUUUUGAAAUGACAUUUAAAACUUUAACAAUUGUAAAUAAGAUAAUAGUUUUUUUUUCUUAAUAGUUUUUAUAUUUUAAAAUUAUAGCACGAUAUUAUAUUAGCAAAUUAUUAAAAUUGUACAAAUGUGAUGAAUGACAGAAAAUUAGCUCAACUGUAUAAAAUUUAAUUAUAAAAUUAUAGGAAUUUUAGAAAUUAAUUGUUGUGAAUGAGAAGUUUUAUAAGCGAACAAAAAAA